UUGUCUGUUGAAGGAGGUGUGUGGAUUUGAAUGUGUGAGCGGAUAGUUGAGCGGUUGUGCGUCAUUAUCACCGUGUUUAGGCUGCAUUACAGGGUAAUUCUAGUGUGUUUUGGGCGGUUUUGUGGACACGAUGCCGUCGCGCACUGAGGAUUAUGAAGUUAUCUGCACCAUAGGCUCCGGCUCGUACGGAAAAUGCCAGAAAAUCCGGAGAAAAUCCAACGGAAAGAUCCUGGUAUGGAAGGAGCUUGAUUAUGGCUCCAUGGCUGAGGUGGAGAAGCAGAUGUUGGUGUCUGAGGUAAACCUGCUGCGGGAGUUAAGACAUCCUAACAUCGUUCGUUAUUACGACCGCAUCAUCGACCGCACAAACGCCACUCUGUAUAUCGUGAUGGAGUUCUGCGAGGGAGGAGACCUGGCCACUCUCAUAACCAAGUGCAUUAAAGAGCGGAAAUACCUGGAGGAGGAGUUUAUCCUGAGAGUCAUGGCUCAGCUGUCUUUAGCGCUAAAGGAGUGUCAUGGGCGCAAUGAUGGAAGCAGCACGGUCCUUCAUCGUGAUCUAAAACCUGCCAACAUCUUCCUCGAUGCCAAGCAGAACGUAAAACUCGGAGAUUUUGGCCUGGCACGGAUACUUAAACACGACACGAGCUUCGCUAAAACCUUUGUGGGAACUCCUUAUUACAUGUCACCUGAACAAAUGAAUCACAUGUCCUACAAUGAAAAGUCGGACAUUUGGUCUUUAGGAUGUUUACUGUAUGAACUCUGUGCUUUGUCUCCACCCUUUACAGCCUACAACCAGGAGGAGCUAGCUGAAAAGAUCACAGAGGGGAAGUUCAGGAGGAUUCCAUACAGAUUCUCUAAUGAGCUGAACACACUGCUGUGCAGGAUGCUGCAUUUAAAGGAUUACCUGCGUCCCUCGGUGGAGUCGAUCCUCCAGAGCUCCUUAAUCUCUACGUAUGUGGCUCAGGAGCAGAAGAAGGCUCAAGCAAGGCAGCAGCGGGGGUCAUGUGACCUGGAGCAGCCUAAAGUAACAGAGCUGAGGCUGAAGGAGCAGGCACUCCGCCAGCGUGAGCAGGACCUCAAGGAGCGAGAGGAGCGACUGGAGCAGAAGGAGCAGGAACUCUGCAGCAGGGAGAGAUUAGUGAACGAGAAGCUGGCCAGAGCUGAGAGUUUGAUGAAGGUGUAUAAUGUGAGGAGGCAGCAGAGGGCGCACUCUCCACUCUUUCCAGAAGACAGAGACGAGGGCGAGAACACGUCACCUGGAAAGAAGAAAGUCCAUUUUGCAGGCGACCGCAAAGAGAACGUGUGGCCUGAGCAGAGGGUCGGCAUCAGAAGUGAGGAGUGUGUGCUCGUUAAGAAACUGCAGGCGGUUAAUAUAGGAGAAGUGGAGAGGAAGUACCCGCUGAAGUGCAGGCCCCUGCAGGGGAUUCGCUAAACACAGACAUCUCACAAAGGGUUCCAUGAUUAUAGACUUUAUAAGAUGCACAUCAUCUCUAGGUGGAUAACUUGGUCUUGCUGUAGGUGCAGGUCUUUUCAUGCAGCUUAAUAGCAAGGAUUUCAAACAAUGGCAAAACAAUUUGGCCAAAGGUCCAACACUGAAGAAUUGUAUUUAAUUUGUUUCUGAGAGUGUGUGUGUGUGUGUGUGUGUGUGUGUGUGUGUGCUGAACUUAUUUUAUUUAUAGUUAUGAAAAAUACUUGAACAUUUAUUGUGUGGAUAAAAAGCAAAAA